AAUUUUGCAGUCCCAAGAACCUAUACAGAGUGUGAGCCAAAAUGGAGGACGGUCCUGUUUCCUUUGGCUUUAAAAACAUUUUUAUUACAAUGUUUGCUACCUUUUUUUUCUUCAAGCUUUUAAUUAAAGUGUUCUUGGCGCUCCUAACCCAUUUCUAUAUUGUCAAAGGAAACAGAAAAGAAGCGGCUAGGAUAACAGAAGAGAUCUAUGGUGAAAUUUCAGAUUGCUGGGCCGAUCGGUCUCCACUUCAUGAAGCGGCAGCUCAGGGGCGCCUACUGGCCCUGAAAACUUUAAUUGCACAGGGCGUCAAUGUGAACCUGGUAACAAUUAACCGGGUCUCUUCUCUCCACGAGGCGUGCCUGGGAGGCCACGUGGCCUGCGCUAAGGCCCUAUUGGAGAACGGCGCCCACGUCAAUGGGGUGACAGUUCACGGAGCCACGCCCCUCUUCAAUGCUUGCUGCAGUGGCAGCGCUGCGUGCGUCAACAUGCUGCUGGAGUUUGGAGCCAAGGCCCAGCUCGAGGUGCACCUGGCUUCACCCAUCCACGAGGCAGUGAAGAGAGGUAAUAGAGAGUGCAUGGAGAUUCUGCUGGCAAAUAACGUUAACAUUGACCAGGAAGUGCCUCACCUUGGAACUCCCCUGUAUGUGGCUUGCACCUAUCAGAGGCUAGACUGUGUGAAGAAGCUUCUAGAAUUAGGAGCCAAUGUUGACCACGGCCAGUGGCUGGACACCCCCCUCCAUGCCGCCGCGAAGCAGAACAGUGUGGAAAUCAUCCACCUGCUGAUAGACUACGGGGCUAACCUCAAGUGCAAAAACGCUCAGGGCAAAAGUGCGCUUGAUCUGGCAGCUCCGAAAAGCGGCGUGGAGCAGGCGCUUCUGCUCCGGGAAGGCCCGCCUGCUCUUUCCCAGCUGUGCCGCCUGUGUGUCCGGAAGUGCUUGGGUCGCACCUGUCAUCAGACCAUCCACAAACUGUAUCUGCCGGAGCCACUGGAAAAAUUCCUCCUAUACCAGUAGUCCCAACUGUCCACGGGAAGAUACUUGGAAAUAAACAGGCUGUUGCCUGCUGUACCCAGGGUACCUAGUGUAGACACCCAACAGCUAGACUCUCAAAUGAGCUAAGCUAGUUAGAGCACAUCCCUGAUGGACUGGCGCACGUGGGGAAUGAAAACUCCUGGUUAGUGUAAUGUUCUCUUUAACCAAGGGGCAAUCAGAAACUUUUCUGUUUUUAGCUCUUGUUGUUAAGAAACUUUAAAAAAUUGUGAAGUAGGGUGAAAUUAACAGGCUGUUUUUCAAGAUUCGUGAUCUUCGAUUAUCUAAGGAUCACCAUUCUGAAUAAGCGUGUAGACACAUAUAAAUCUGGGUGGAUAAGAUGAGGAUGAAUAUAAGUAUUCCAAGAUGGGUUCCCGAUUUAGUUCUUCCCUUCUUCCCCCUUUCUUUCUUUCCUUCCAUGAAUAAAUCUCUGCUAAAAUUUUA